AUGGCCCACCAAGACCCCCACUGGGAUUCACUUAAGGUCACAAGCACCAGAGACAAGGAAAAGACCAUCUUUCUUCUUCUCAAGGCGUUGGAUGAGGCCGGCCUGCUCACUCAGCCAAUCCGUUCUCUUGAAGCCAGAAAGUGCCUGGUACACGAAAUCAACCGAAGCAUCACCCGCAUGCCCAAGAGUAUCAGACAGACCUUCAUGAAGGAUGGCAAUGCCUGCAUCUCCUCACUGACACAGCUGGCAACUUACAGCAAGCACAGUCAUACCCACAAGCUGAAAUACUAUGAAAAGACAGCGUCUCAUAUGCUCCGCGACGAGUAUUUUUACAUCGUCGACCUCGACGGCAAGUUAAAGGGACCGUUCCUUCUUUCCAAUCUCCUCCAAGACCAUCGCGGAUUUUACAGCGAUGGCACCAUUGAAGAGCGUCUUCUCAACUACAACAGGUUUCUGGAGUAUCUGUACCAGAACCGCUUUGAUCCCGACAAUCACGAAAUCAGGUUGUUGUAUGCGGAGACCAGCAGCGACGGCGUCUUCGAGGGCAUCGAGACCAACAAAGUCUACAACUGCGCUUCCUGGAUCUCGGCCAUGAUUGAAGAACAAAAUGUUCUGCAGGAUAUCCCCGAGCCGUUUGAAUUUCAUAUCGUCGAUCCGGAGGCUCGUGAGUGUGCCUAUGAGUGCGACUGGGCUAGACAUGCCGACUCCAUGAAUCUUAACAACUGA